UUAUAUGAUUCUAUUCACGACCAUUGACCAUUAUGAUGGAGUACAGUGAUAAAUGCCGUCCGUUUACUAAAGUGCUUCAUUGCUUACUUGUAUUGCAGUUAUUCUUCAGUUUUCACCUUGUGUUAACGUGCCGAGUUAUUAUUAAUACGUGUCCUGAUGUCCAGGAGGUAACGUCAAAAAGUCCGCAUGGUGACUGUCCGGGUUUUCGAUUUCCGUGUCAGAAUUCUAGCCAGUGCGUGCCGGGGAAUUUCAUUUGCAACGGUAUUAGUGACUGUGAUAACGGCUCAGAUGAACUACCGGAGGAAUGUGCUACGAACAAUCCCCUGUAUACCAACAUUUGGACCCAUAUCUACGGCUCGGAAAGAAGAGGAGGAGAUGGUGAUUCUUCUGACGAAGAUUUCAACCCAGAUAAUGUCUGCGAAAAUGGGACGUACCCGCCAAACUGUACCUGUUACUUAAAGUGCAUAUCGCGUCAUGGCGGCAAUGCAGACGACGGAGAAUGUGAAUCUGAGGUGUUCUGUUAUACCGAAAAUACGACCGGGUUUACAACUGUUCCAAGGGAUCUACCUACUAACACUGUACUUCUAGACCUGUCUGACAAUUAUAUCAGUGUUGUGAGGAAAGGAGAUCUGGAUCAUCUGCCUUAUCUUCGAACACUGUAUUUCUCACGAAACCGAAAUCUCCGGUUUGAAUCGGAUGCAUUAACGAACAACUUAACGAUCUCUGAAUUGAACCUUGUUGGUUGCCAGAUGGGUACAAUACCCGAUGGACUUUUUAGUGGAAUGAGUCAUCUCAUGACUCUGUAA